GUAAUUAAAUGUGUGUCGUGUGGACCUGGGCUUGGCUGGAAUGCUCAAGGGUCCUGAAGACCCUUCUAUAGCUUCCUUCUUUUGAAUCCAUUAAGAGAAGAUGGCAAAAGUCAACAUAACUAGAGACCUCAUCCGUAGGCAGAUCAAGGAGCGGGGUGCCCUGAGCUUUGAGCGGCGCUACCACGUCACUGACCCCUUUAUCAGACGGCUGGGCCUGGAAGCAGAGCUGCAGGGUCACUCAGGAUGUGUCAACUGUCUGGAGUGGAAUGAGAAAGGAGACUUGCUGGCCUCUGGUUCCGAUGACCAGCACACAAUCGUGUGGGACCCGCUGCACCACAAGAAGCUGCUCUCCAUGCAUACGGGACACACUGCAAACAUCUUCUCUGUCAAGUUCCUGCCUCAUGCCGGGGACCGAAUCUUGAUCACGGGUGCAGCUGACUCCAAGGUGCACGUCCACGACCUGACAGUAAAGGAGACGAUCCACAUGUUUGGAGACCACACAAAUCGGGUGAAACGCAUCGCCACGGCGCCCAUGUGGCCCAACACAUUCUGGAGUGCUGCUGAGGAUGGGCUUAUCCGCCAGUAUGACCUUCGGGAGAACAGCAAACACUCGGAGGUGCUGAUCGACCUGACAGAGUACUGCGGCCAGCUGGUGGAGGCCAAGUGCCUCACUGUCAACCCCCAGGACAACAACUGCCUGGCGGUAGGGGCCAGUGGGCCCUUCGUGAGGCUCUAUGACAUUCGCAUGAUCCAUAACCACAGAAAAAGCAUGAAGCAGAGCCCUUCGGCAGGUGUACACACCUUCUGUGACCGGCAGAAGCCCCUUCCGGAUGGUGCAGCCCAGUAUUACGUAGCAGGUCACCUGCCAGUAAAGCUGCCUGACUACAACAACCGCCUGAGAGUGCUGGUUGCCACCUAUGUGACCUUCAGCCCCAAUGGCACAGAGCUGCUGGUCAACAUGGGAGGGGAGCAGGUCUAUUUGUUUGAUCUGACUUAUAAGCAGCGGCCGUACACCUUCCUCUUGCCUAGAAAAUGCCACUCCUCAGGGGAAGUUCAGAAUGGCAAGAUGUCCACCAACGGUGUGUCCAAUGGUGUAUCCAACGGCCUGCACCUUCACAGCAAUGGCUUCCGGCUGCCAGAGAGCAGGGCGCACGUCAGCCCCCAGGUAGAGCUGCCCCCAUACCUGGAGCGUGUGAAACAGCAAGCCAAUGAGGCUUUUGCCUGCCAGCAGUGGACCCAGGCCAUUCAGCUUUACAGCAAGGCUGUGCAGAGAGCCCCUCACAAUGCCAUGCUCUAUGGGAACCGAGCUGCUGCCUAUAUGAAGCGCAAGUGGGAUGGUGACCACUACGAUGCCCUGAGGGACUGCCUCAAGGCCAUCUCCCUAAACCCAUGCCAUCUGAAGGCACAUUUCCGCUUGGCCCGCUGCCUCUUUGAGCUCAAGUACGUGGCCGAGGCCCUGGAGUGCCUGGAUGACUUCAAAGGGAAGUUUCCGGAGCAGGCCCACAGCAGCGCUUGUGAUGCGUUGGGCCGUGACAUCACGGCCGCCCUCUUCUCCAAAAACGAUGGUGAGGAGAAGAAGGGAGCUGGUGGUGGCGGCGGCCCAGUCCGCCUUCGCAGCACGAGCCGCAAGGAUUCCAUCUCAGAGGAUGAGAUGGUGCUGCGGGAGCGAAGCUACGACUACCAGUUCCGCUACUGCGGCCACUGCAACACCACCACGGACAUCAAGGAGGCCAAUUUCUUUGGCAGCAACGCUCAGUACAUCGUCAGUGGCUCUGACGAUGGCUCCUUCUUCAUCUGGGAAAAGGAGACCACCAACCUGGUCCGCGUGCUCCAGGGGGACGAGUCCAUCGUCAACUGCCUGCAGCCACACCCCAGCUACUGCUUCCUAGCCACCAGCGGCAUCGACCCAGUUGUGCGGCUCUGGAAUCCCCGGCCAGAGAGCGAAGACCUCACAGGCCGAGUCGUGGAAGACAUGGAGGGCGCUUCGCAGGCCAACCAGCGGCGCAUGAACGCAGACCCACUGGAGGUGAUGCUGCUCAACAUGGGCUACCGGAUCACGGGCCUGAGCAGCGGGGGCGCUGGGGCCUCUGACGACGAGGACAGCUCCGAGGGCCAGGUUCAGUGCCGGCCCAGCUAGACGCUCCUGGCCUCGUCCCCAGCCCCUCGUACCGGCCGGACCCUCCACCCUGGGCAGGAGGUCAGGGGGUUCUGUUUUGGUUUGUCUUCCCCCCACCUCAUUUUUUUUCAUUUCCCGUUUUGUUUGUUAGUUUGGCAUUGGGGGUGGGGGUUGCUACAACUCGCUGGCUUUCAGACUUUUAGGCAGAUUGCCCCUUGACUGACCCCAGCCCUGAGCAGAAGAACAGGAGGGGAAGCCCCUCCGCAUGCCCCCCACCUCCUGCUUCCAGGUCCCCAAAGGGCUCUGGCCUGCCCCGGUGGGGAGGCAAGGGUUGAAGCUGUCCUCAAGGACUGCCCUACCCUUCAGUUUGCAGCAGGAAGGGGAGUGGAACUCCCAGUCCAAAGGGCUAGCCUUGACCUGUGGCUACUCUUGACCUGUGACUGGCAAGGCUAGCUCCCCUGUGCUCUUCAGGGAAGGUUCUGAAAAAGGCUGGAGUCCCACCCUCCCUCCAAAGCCACUGUGUCGGGGUGGAAGCAGAAGGAAGGAUGGGCGCCCUGGAGUGGCCAGGCCAGGCCAGGCCAGGCCACUGCCUGGUUGCGGUGGAGCAUCCUCACCCUGAACCUGCUCUUCCUGGUCACCUCUGGGGGCUCAGCCUCUCCCAAGGGUGCUGGCAGAAGGUGGGGCACCGCACCGUACCCCACCCACCCAUGCCAGCCCUUCCGGACUACGGACUACGGCCACUCUCCUUUCUCAGGCGCUCCUGGCCUCACUGUGACCUUUCUGCCAGAGCUCCCAGCCAGGCCUGCUCUUGCUGAGGUGGCGCUCCCUGCUAAGGGCCCUUCUCGCCCUUUCUGCCCUCCUACUCACCCACAUGCAGAGCCGCCACAAAGACCAAAGAAGUGAUGGCUUUUCUCUGUCCCCUGCUGCUCUGGGGGGAGGAGGGUGAGUCUCCUGAGCCACUUAGAUGGGAAAGUCCCUAACUCAGCCCCCUCCCUCCUCAGCAGCCCCAAGCUUUACACUGGAUGCAGCGGUCACCCCACCAGUCACCAAGCCUCCCCCUCUCUGCCCCCGUGACUCUCAGCUCAGGAGCUGCUCCUGGUAGUCGGUUCCUCCUCCCCCCCCCCAGUGCUUACGAGGCUCCAGCCCUCCAGCUGCAGCCUCUGGAGAGAAGCAGCCUCCCUUCUUCUUUUUCUCCCUCCCUCAAUCCCUCCCUCCUUCCUUCCGCCCCUGUCUCUGCCAGGUGCCUCCUCUCAGUCAGGCUUCAGAGCAGCCCUGGAGACACGAGGGCCAUGUUAAAAGCUUUUUCACAGUUUUAAGAAGAAAGGGGGGUGAGGAUAGUGGUGGGGGGUCUGGCACCAUCUCUUCAUUGCUUUAAUCCCAGCAACACAGGUGGCAGCUUCUCCCCCUUCCUCCCCACCCCAGUCCCUCUUCCCACCCCUCUCUCUAGCUUGGUAAUGAAGUAUAUUUAUUGGUGAAGGAAACAGCUGCUGCUGCUUCUCCUGCUGCUGGGACUUGCUCCCCUGUCUCUUCUCCAUGACCUUUCUCCAGCCAGGGAGGGGAGAGCCGGAGUAUUGGGGCUGGGCCCUAGGGCCCAAGAACCAGCAGGGGCCCCUUUGCUUUCCUGUGUUCCAGCUGCCAGUCAUUUCCUCCCUCCCUGCCCCCCCUACCCCCCCACCCCUUGCCUGUCCAGCCGAGCCCUGCAGUGUGGAGAGACACAUAAGCCUUACUGUCCUCUGGGGGCAGGAGCCGAGCCUUUUUGUUGCUCCGCUCCCAGGAGAGUGAGGGUGACGCAAUUGAUUAAAACCGUUUUGUUCUA